AUGUUCACUACUGCUACUUCUACAUCUAAGCCUACUUUGGACAAUAUUGCCUUUAUGAUCCAACAGUUGAGCACUAGCGUUAACUAUGGAUUUAAUGACAUGCGCAGCAAUUUUGAAGUGAUGCUGCAAGAAAACAAGAGUUUGAAGGAAGAAGUAGUUCUUCUUAGGCAGCAAGUUACUGUGCUCGCAGAAGAAGUAGGUACACUGAAAGCCUCGUUGGAUAGCAUGCCAAGUGCUGAAGGCUCCAUUGAGAUUGCUGCUACCACUGGGCUUUUCGCAGCUAACUUGUUUCCUGGCCGCAACGUCCCCGAUGUUGUAUUCAUACUUAGUGGAUCAACUAUUAACCACAUAUGA